AUGCUUGGACAGUUCCAUGAUCUUCGUCAACUGACACAAAGGGUCGCGACGUCCCCAGGUACUGCGACUCUUCCCGGAGCCAGCAGAAGCCACAGGUGUCCAGAGUUAGAGGUUCAUCCGCAACCCGCAUUAAGGCAAGGUGCUGAUCUGGAGGCCGUUGAUGAGGUUGGGGAAACACCAAUCUUUAAGGCAACAGAAAAUAACCAACUCGACUCGAUCAAAGUUUUCAUCGAGGCUGGAUGCUGUCUCGAUGUGGUCAAUGCCUCUGGAACCCACCUACUAUCGUCUGUAGCACUGCACGCAUUACCCCGCGUGAUGGAAGUCCUAGUCCCUGAAAUUGUUCGACGUCUCAGCUCGGAUACAGAACGAAGAGUGAAGACUAAGGCAUGGGCUUUGUUGAACGGAGAGCGUGACAGAACGUGUUACGGGAGCCGCCAAUCUAUCGAGGAAGAGAGGAACAUUUUUGCAUCACUUCUGAGACUAGACUCAGAUUCGAUGUUGCACAGCCCAUACCAGGACUCAAAUAAGGAUGAUGGUAGCAUUUAUGAAAGUGCGUCUGAAUAUCAAUAG